CGGGCGGCAUCUCGCGCAUCUCCUUCCGUGAGCCCACAGGUGACGCGAUGCUGCCGCAUACCCUUGCUUUUAGUAGUACCACCACCACCGCCCCGGCCCUUCGCCUCUGCCUCCCUAUCUCGCCCCUGGCCGCAGCAGCCUCAUCAUCGUCCCCCUUCGCCGUCGGACGCAUUUCCCUCCGCCGUUGCCGCCGCGCUUCCUUCAGCUGCUGCCGCUGCUCGUCCUCAUCCUCAGAAGAAAUGCAUGGCGCAGAUGGUGUUACUUGUUGUUCUAGGUGUGGUGAUCUCAACAUUUUUGCUUGGCGCUGCUAUAAGCUUACUUUUCCAUAUGCCUGGAACUGGAAAACAUCAUUCUUGUUCAAUGGACGCUUAGUGCAAUCGGUCAUGUUACUAUCAUUGCUCUUCUGAAAGACCUAGGCACAAGCAACAAUUUCAGUACAAUAAUCAAAGGAGAAUCCUUAAUGAACGACGGGUAUGCUACUUUGACUCCCAAAUUUUUCAUCUUUUGAUUUUUUAGAAUGCGUGUUUUCCCCCCUGUAUGCAUGCCCAUUCCUGUGUUUUAUUGGGAGCAGUUCCAUUCAUGAGAAUCAAAAUGGAAUGAUUGACUCAGUAUACAGAUGACAAGUCUAUUUGGGCUUUAGAAUGUAUGCUUCAUACUAAAAUGUAAAAGUAUACAUUAUAUUGGUACAGUUGUAUGUGAAAUUUAACACAAGUGUAUUCACUUCAUUUUAAAAAAAAUCACACCAUGUAGGAAAAAAAGGCCAGAGGGGUUUGGGGAUGGGGCAGGGUGGGAUGUGUGUGGAUGAACCUACUUUGCAUAUUCUUAAGAAGAAGCAAUGGGCAACUCAUUUUAAUUUCAUCCGGGAAAAAGUAACCGACAAUGAUAAUUCUGCCCACGACUGAACUUUGAAACAUAGCCAACGCACCCACCACUGGGUUAUUGCAUAGUUACCAAAUUGCGCCAUGUACAAUUAUAAGAUUAUUUUGGACUGUAUUCUUACUAAAAUAACCUUGCAUUCUACUGGGCUGCUAUUGAGUCAUUUUAUUGAAUGGUGCUCAAAAAAACUUUUGAUGCAGGGCCCAUAAUAAAGUUUUUGUCAGAAGUUUCACUUGGAGCGUAUGUGAAUAUUUUGUAGGUCCAAACUAGAUGAUACAAAACCAUGCUACCAAUGCUAAUCUCUAUCUUCUUUGACCAGCGUUGCUCUGGGCCUUGCAUUUGGAAUUGCAUCUCUACUAUGGAUGGGCUAUAUUUUUGAUGAUGCAAUCAUACAGAUUUCACUUACCCUCGCAGUCAGAUAUAUUGCUUUCUUUGCUGUAAGAUAAUCAGGUAACAGACAUAUCGAGGCUCUUAUAUUUCUAUUUUUAUCUCUAGAAGGACAUGAUUUGCUCAGUGUUUCGAAAUGGUUUGUAUCUCCAAUAAUAGAAUGGUUGUCAAGCAACCCUUUUUGCAACACUGGGAUGCUGUUUUAAUGGCU